AUGACGACCGGCGAGGAGAUAGAGACCACCAAUGUUAUCAUUUGCGGUUGUGGACCGACGGGUGCUCUUCUAAGUGCGUACUUGGGUCAAAUGUCGAUAUCCAAUGUCGUACUUGAAAAAGAGAAAGAAAUUGUGACGGAUCCACGAGGCAUAGCCUUGGAUGAAGAUGGAAUUCGACUACUUCAAGGCCUCGGCCUGUAUGAUAAGGUGCACACUGAAAUCGGAGAAGCACUUGGCUGGCUUCACUUCACCUCUGGCAAAAAGGGGUUGAAUACCAAGCCGUUCAUGAAAAUGGACCUCAGCACGACCGGUCCCCUUGGUCAUGUCGGGGCGAUCUCGCAUAAGCAACCAGUGCUAGAGAGGAACAUUCGCGAAGCAGCAAGUCGAUUUCCAAGCUCUCAACUCCGCCUCGGCUCAACCCUCACCGCAAUCGAAGAAGAUGAAAGAGAAGUCUUGGUGACAUACCACAAUGGGGACGGUAGAACACGACAGAUUAGAGGGAAAUUCCUUGUUGCAGCAGACGGUAAAACUGGAUUCACACGGAAACAAUAUCUAGAGCCAAAGGGCAUCGUCCUGGAGAGCCUUCACGGGUACGAAUACCUGGAGACCUGGGUCGCUGCAAAUUUCCAUAUGGAUUUGCCAACUACUGAAAGCCAUCCUGAUUUCCCUUUGUGGCAACUGGGCUUCACGCCACAGCAAGUUUACGACGCCUUCUUCCCCCGAAACUUCCGUUUCAUUGGGAAUCCCCACCGACCAGCCGUUUGUGGCACGUUUGGUUUACGAGAGGAGCGUUUGUGGAGGUUCGAAUUUGUCGUUGAAAAAGAGGAAGAUCCUUACAAAAUAGCAUCGUACAAAGAUGUAACUGGGGUCAUAUUCCCAUACCUGACUCAUCCAGGUCACAUCUACGGUUUGAAAGAGCCAGUCCAAUACCCAGAAGACUGUAUACACGUAUUACGAUCGAGGCCAUUCACAUUCUCCGCUAGAAGCUGCAAUAGCUGGUUCCUAGGGCGUGUGAUACUUUGUGGAGACGCAGCUCAUGUCAUGCCACCUUUUGGAGGCCAGGGUAUCGUAUCGGGAUUCAGAGAUGCGUCCGGCAUUGCUUGGAGACUCGCUGCAGCUUGUAGAGCGGGAAUGGCAGUCGACCAUCAACGCCUCUUUCUUGGCUGGUGUCUGGAGAGAAAGCAAUCUCUUGACAGAUCGAUCGCAACUACUGUGGCGAAUGGGAGUCUGACCACCGCGCGGAGCAGUGUGAAAAUCUUCUGCAGAGAUUGGAUACUUUGGCUCAUGCAACUCAUUCCUCGCCUGCGACGGAAGCUUGAACUUGGUCCACGGGCGGACGGGUUGCCACGUUAUAAGUGGAAGGAAGGCAUGGCAUUUCUUCCUGGCCUUGCAGGCGGCGUCUGCUUUCCUCAGGUUUACUGUCGACCUGUGUUUGGCGAUGUAGAUGCUGAUAUACGUUUUACUGAUGAUGUCAUCUUCAAAUGUCCACCUAACCCACUACUGCGCCUUGUGGUUUUGGUGGACGACAUGACCGACGCCGAGGCAGCUCAAUCUGAGUUGGAAAACCUGGAUCUUCAAGCGACAUCCCAAGGGAUGCUGGAAAUGGAAGAGGUUUGCUUUUUGGUGCAUGACCCCUUACUUCACUCGCCGACUAAGUCGAAAGCAAUAUCCGCCACACAAAUCCAUCGAAUUGCAACAGGUGAAGAAUUUGCGAAAUCCGGUCUCUGUGUCAACCGCCCAGCGCCAGAGGGUUAUGACAUGUAUCAGAUUAAGUUGGCGUUACCCGGUCGACGAUACAUUCUGGUGAGACCAGACAGAAUUGUCUUUGCAGCCUGUCGGUCUGGCGAAGAUCUAAAGGUGGCUUGUGGCGAAAUCCCGUCGGUUCUCCUUGGAUAUUCUUCAAGCUAG